CGAUUGUUUAUACUUUUCGUGGAAUUGUUGUGAAAGUGAAAUUCGUUUUGGCGAUUUCACAAUUUUAGGUCUCUGACAGAGGUGAUUAUGGCCUAGCGUAUAUGAGUUGGUCAACUGUACGCAAUGGAUGAUAGUAGUAUUGUUGUCUUAAAUCCUCCAUCAGGAGUAAGUGAAGAUGAAUUCGCGCUUCACUUUCAGAAGAAAAAGAAUGGUGGAGGUUACGUUAGCGAGGUUAAACUGGAGAAAGGUGUUGCUUUUGUAGUCUUCGUCUCUUUGGCAGAUGCUGUAAAAGUCGUAAAUCAUCCUGAAAAGCAAAUAAUUAAGGGUUGUGAACUUGAUGUUCGGUCAUACAGUUCAUGGUUGAAGACUACUCAGGAUGAUGAAAACAGUGCCUCGGGCAACAAUGACGACGUUGAUUCAGUUCCUACAAAAGAUGACGAGGAUAAAGCCACGAUCUAUGUUAGCGGUCUUAAAGAGUCAAUGAAUGAUGAAACGAUCGCACUAUUUUUUGAAAAUAAACGAAGAACUGGUGGAGGUGAGCUUCGUGAUGGGAAAGAAGGAUUUGAGCGAUUGUCACCAACCGUCGCUCGUUUAACUUACGUUUCCUCAAAAGACGCUGAAAACGUGCUGAAAAGGGCCAAAGAAAAGCUCCUUGUACUCAAUGGGUGUCCUGUACAAGUUACCGCUGACUAUAUACCCACCGAGGAUCGAAGUAUAUUGAUGGUCACAAAUCUCAGUCCUGAUACAAACGUGGAAACGUUGAAGAACUUCGUUGAAACAAAGAAACAAACAGAUGUGAUUAAAAUCGUUCUUGGAAAACAUGGAAAAGCUGUUGUUAUCCUUGAAGAGGAAAUUAAAGAUGAAGAUGAUUUCAAAGAAAAGAUAUACUCCAGAAAUUUCAUAUUUGGAGGGCGUUCAGUUUCUUUAAAAUUUGCUCCACUGACCAAGGGAAUAAAGGUGAAGAAAAUACCAAAAAACACAACGAAAGAUGAUGUCAAACAUAAAUUUUCUAAUCCCAGGACUGGUGUAGGUGAAGUCAUCAAUAUGGAGUUUGACCAAAAUAAUGGAAUUGCCAAACUUUUUUUUAAAAGUUCGUCGGUUGUUUCAACCUUGGUGAAGAAAGAUCAUGUCAUUAAGGAAUCACUUUUAACUGUACUGCCUUUAUAUGAAGAUUUUGAAGAAUUGGACGAAUAUCAAAAUAAAAUAACAGAAUUUAAUGGCGACAUCCCUUGUGAAAGCGACGUAUUUUAUCAUAUAUUGCUUCAUCACGAUGUGUCUCAGUUUAAUUUUAAUUCCGUGAAAUACGAUCAAAUCAAGUCAACUUUUAAUUUCACAAAGUUUAUUGAAGAUCCCAAAGAUGGAGAAGAUCUCAGUAGAAGGUUGAAAACAUUAGUCGAUUCUUUUGGAAAGGAAACUUUAGCGAUUCCCACAGUUGUGUUUGAUAAGGUAAAGCAUGAGGUUCUGGGAAAGAGAGACGAAUCUGAGAUCCAAGUACGAUUUGAGAAGUCAAGCGUUGUUCUUGUUGGACGGAGGAAGGACAUCACGAGGAAAAAAAGAGUCAUAAAAAGAUUAGUCAAUGAACUCACGGUUGUGGAAACAGUGAUCAAUGGAAUAAAGAAGUUUUUUGAUGGAGAAAUGGAUGAAAUUCGUAAAACAGCGAGUGAUAUCGAUGUUGAUAUCAAGAUAAAAGUCAUCCAAGGACAAGUGUGGUUAAAUCAUCAUGUCAUUCAUGUCCCAGAUGAUGGCAGCGAAUCUGUGUUACCUGCAGGAGAUUCCAAAACUAAAAGUCAUAGUUCAACAGUUCCUGACUAUUGGGAAAUCCCUACAGAUGACAGUAUAUAUCAUGCCUUCGAGCUGAAGCCAAACAGUUGGGAAUAUACGAAGGUGAAAAACGCAUUUUACCAAACUACAAGCAACGAAAUUGUGAAGAUUGAACGAAUACAAAACCCUGGUAUAUACGAAUUGUAUAAUGUAAAACGAAAAACUAUGAAAGAAAAAUAUGGCGACGGGGAUUUUCCUGAUAAAGAGAAACAACUCUUUCAUGGUACUUCGAAGUAUAAUGUUGAAAAAAUCAAUGCAGGUGGACUGAACAGAAGCUUUGCUGGAAAACAUGCAAAUCCUUUUGGUAAAGGUGUUUAUUUUGCACGAGAUGCCAGCUACGCCCUCAGGGAUACAUAUUCUCCAAAAGAUGCAAAUGGAUUACGUUAUGUGUACUAUGCUAGAGUUUUGGUUGGUGACUACACUAAGGGUGAUUCAACCAUGUUGGUUACGCCAUCAAAAAACACCGCAGAUCCAAAUGAAACCUAUGAUUCUGUCGUCGACGACACCAAAGAUCCUUCAAUAUUUGUAAUGUUUAAAGAUUACCAGUAUUAUACUGAAUAUCUUAUUACUUUUAAGUAACUUAAGUCAAUUAUUUUAAGAUGCAGAAAAAUUUUCUUCUUUGGAUCAUGUAUUCGUGGAAACUACUUUAUACUUUUGAUGGUAAGGCCCAUUUCAUAAGUUGAACUUUCCACAUGUCAAAUGGAUUAAAGACAAAAGAAAAUGAGAUAACAUUGCUAAUUAUCAUUUGUUUGUAAUGCAUUCGGCACAAGUAAAGUUUGACGUUUGAAACAGGCCUAAAUGAUAAUUUAAUUACACAAUACACAGAGAAGCUCUAAGUAUGAAGAAAUAAAAAGUCACAUGCACUAGAAGGUGUCAAAUCAGAAAUUAUUAACACCAACCACCAUAGCUUUAUAAAUAUUGGAAAGUUAUUCUGUUGACUUUCACACAUUUUAGCAGACUUGGAUGCAUCCAUUUAACCUCAUUUGAAUAAAGAAGUAAGAUGACUGAACUUCUAAAGGAAGACAAGAGUCGCUACUAGUUUUAAUUUUAAAUUCAAUAGUUAGAAUUUUACGUAGAAAUGUAAUUUUAUUCCAUUUAUUUUGCGAAAAUGUAAUUUUAUUCCAUUCUGUAAAAAUGUAAUUUUAUUCCAAACUUAUUAAUCCUUAUUAGACAAGUAAACUCCCCUU